AGAUACGAUAAUCACACAAACAUGUUUAGCGCAAGCAACUUCACAUAUCUUCGUAAAGAAGAUGACGAGGUAUACUCUGUAUCCUCUGAUGAACUAAACCAUAGUUUCAGCUCUGGCUCGAGUGACGAUGAGAUAGAGAUGCCUAGAUUUGUUCAAAAGAACUUUGAUGAAGGAAUGGAAAUCAAAUGCAGAGCAGUUCCUGAUAGUGACUCUGAAAGCGAUUUUGAUGAUGAGGAAGAGGAAGAGAUGGAAUACAAAAAAACAACUCCUGCUCCUGCUCCACCACCAGUGCCGUGCGGAAUGGCACUCCCAGAGAUGAAACCAAUGGCUCCUCCACCUCCUCCAGGACUUUCAUGUCCCCCAUUAAUCAAAAGUAAGAAGAUGUCCCCAACUCCUGCGUACCCACCUCAACCACUUAAGAAAUCUCUGAGAAAGAAAGCUAGACCCAAAGCCAAGCAAAAGGACACCAAACAUGCCAUGGCUGAAGAACUUUGAUCCAAAGUUAUGAUGAGAAAGCAAGCUAUAGAUCCUCCUCAAAAGAAGAUAAAGAAAGAAUCUAAAGUUCCAAAGGCAAGAUACAAUCGUAAAGGAAGGAAGUUCAGAAAUGAAGUAGACACUAAUGUAAUCUCCCUCAAGCUCAAAGUUCUGAAGGAUGAUGCUGAACUAGCUGCUGGCGACCCUAUCUUCUGCGAGAAAUGCAACGCUGUGUUCAACAGCCACAGCACUCUUGGAGAGAAAGAAGAGAACAAACUUGAAGAAAUCAAAGAGGAAGUGGAAGAUGAAGAGGAGAAGGAAGAAGCCAUGGAGGAUUCCAAGCUCUGGAUCUGUGAGUUCUGCAAUCAUAGGAAUCAUAUCAUGGUUGAGCCUGAGGAGAUCCCGAGCAAGAAUGCAAUGAAUUAUAUCAUUGAUACUGAAGAACUUGAUGAGAAUAAGAAACAUUCAGGUGAAGGAGCUGUGAUCUUCUGCAUUGAUAUCUCUGGAUCUAUGUGUGUCACUAAAGCUGUUGAUGGCAAGUUCAAAAUCAAGGGAGACAAAUAUGAUGAACUUCAGGAACUCAUGAAAUAUUCAGAUGGUUCAGACCAAUUCGCCUUCAAUGACAGGAAUGUUACUUAUGUUUCAAGACUUCAGUGUGUCCAAGCAGCCAUUGAAGCUCAGCUGAUCGACAUGAAGGCUGAGAAGUCGAAGAAGAAGGUUGGUUUGGUUUCAUUCAAUGGAGAAGUAAACAUCAUUGGAGAUGGUACUCAAGACUCUCAGACCAUAUCUGGAGAUAAGUUGAUGAACUACGAAUACUUAUUAGAAAAUGGCCAGAAAGUUGCCAAAACUCAUUUAUCUCAAAGCAUUGAAGAAACAUCAAAAGAGUUGAAUGAAAAGCUAUUCGCUCUUGAAGAAACUGGCCCUACUGCUCUUGGACCUGCUGUCGUCUCUUCCAUUGCUAUGGCUGGUGAAUGUGGACAUGGAUCCCAAGUCUUCAUUUGUACCGACGGUUUAGCAAACAUUGGAAUUGGGUGUAUUGAAGAGCAGAAAGAUAGCAUUAGUGCUGAGCAAGAUGUUAUUGCCUUCUACGAGAAACUAGCAGAUUACUCUGCAACUAAAGGCAUAGUCAUAAACAUUAUCAGUAUCAAAGGAGAAGAAUGAGAUCUCCAAACACUAGGACCUCUCUACGAUAAAACUGGAGGAAAAGUAAAAAUUAUGGAGCCAGAUAAACUUGAGAAAAACUUCUCAAAUAUGCUCAAGCAGAAAGUACUUGCGACCAGAGUUGUGACUAAGAUCAAGCUACAUCAAGCUUUGGAAUUCAGAAAUGAAGAUGAAAAAGACCUCAGUGACAACAAAACUUUGUUGACCAGGGAUCUCGGGAAUGUGACAGAAAAGACUGAAAUAACAUUUGAGUAUCGACUCAAGGAUAAAGAGGAACUGAAGAAAAUUAAAGGAUUUAAGAUGAGCCAACUCAAAGAUAUCCCCUUCCAGUCUAUCAUAGAAUAUACCAAACUUGAUGGAAUGAAGUGUAUUAGAACACUGACCCAGGUCCAGAAAGGAACAGAGGACUCUAAAGAGGCAAAAGAGGGAGCUAAACUGGAUGUUCUAGCUACCAAUGUUACACAACAAGCCUCCCGCUUAGCAAAGAAAGGAAAUCUUAGAGAAGCCCAGGCUUACAGUAUGAACCAGAAAGCUUAUCUCAAGAAGAACAUUGCUCCAGAGAGCAAAUCAAAGAUGUUUAAAAAUUGGAAAUCUAAGAUGAAUGUUAUCUACGGAGACAUCCAUAAACAAAACAACGAAGAGGAGAUGGCAGAUGAGUUUGCCUUCAACUCAGAAAUGGAAUCUGCUCCAAAGAGCAGAAUCAGAUCAAAGAUGGAGGACCAAUUCGCAGUCAGACUCAGAAGAGGCGCCCAGUUCUGCGAUGAUGAUUUCGAUUCAGAAGACUCCGAUUUCGAUUAA